AUGAAGGGUUAAGGAUAAAAGAGAUAUUACAGGAGAAAUGUUCUAAAAAUUAGAGCGAACCACUUAAAUAUAUAGGUUUAUUUUGGGGAAUUAUUGAUAACAAUUCAGGACUAGAUGUUUAGAGAUUAAAUGAAGUCUUAAAUUAGUAAAAGUAUGUAGAUAAAUUAGAAAAUAAUUUGCUAGAAGCAGACUAUUUUUUUAAACAAUAUUUAGUACAACAUCAUAUGGAGUCACACCUAAUAAAUUUUCUAGACCAUAAAAAUAUCUCUAAUUUAUAAUGGCCUAUUAAAACUCCUUGAUCUUAAUCUGAUAGAAGGAUUAUGCACAAUUCUAAAAGAUUUAGUUUGGAAAAAUAAAAAAAGAUUUCAAAAAAGAAAUUAUUUAAUAUGUAUAAGAUUAAUUCUAUAGUAAUAAUAAUGUAUAAUAAUCUAUAGGAAGCUCUUUCUUAAAAAUCUAUAAAAGAACUGA